AUGCGUUCCCCCCUCGAGCUCGACGACCUGGCGCCUGGCGCUGUGCACGACGCUCUUGUUCAUGACAGCGACGCAGCACGUGCGGCCGGCGAAAGGAAGAUAACCAUCAUGUUGCCGCUUGUCCUGCUGACUCUCUCUUUGGCAAGGGGGGUGGCCCAUGAAAGUGCUUUCGUCACGCCGGGGGUGAUGCCUCAGGGGCACUGCAACUGUCAAUCGAGAACAGCAGACGCACGAGGGACUCUCUUCAUGAACAAGGGUUUCGGCGUGGCGAAGAAGAAACCCCCGAGGAAAAAGCCUUCCAGGCGGAGCGGUUUCGCCUACACGGGGGAGCUCCGGCCGGGGACCCUGAGCCCAACACGGCCGGUGCCGCCGGAGAUUGGCAGGCCUGACUACGCGGUGGAUGGCAUCCCGAAGGGCAAGAGCCCGAUGCUGCCGUGGGUCAUCGAGGUUAAGAACGAGGCCGAUAUCGCGGCCAUGAAGGCAGCGGGGAAGGUCGCGAGAGAGGUGUUGGACCUAGCCGGGCAGGCCGUGAAAGUGGGCGCCACGACGGACGACAUCGACCGCGUGUGUCACGAGGCGGCGGUGGAGAGGGGGGCUUACCCUUCGCCGCUCAAUUACCAAGGGUUCCCCAAGAGCUGCUGCACCAGCAUCAACGAAAUAAUCUGCCACGGCAUCCCAGACAGCACCGUGCUGGAGGACGGCAUGAUCGUGAACGUAGACGUGACGGUGUUCUACAAGGGGUACCACGGGGACUGCUCGGAGAUGUUCUUGGUCGGGGAGGUGGACCAGGCCGGCAAGGACCUGGUUAAGGACACGUACGACAUCUGGCAGCAGGCCAUCGCGUACUGCAAGCCGGGGCGACAUUACAAGGGCAUCGGGGGAGUGAUCGAGGAUUUGUGUACCGCAAAGGGCUACACUACCGUCCCAAACUUUUGUGGGCACGGCAUCGGGAAGCUGUUCCACACCAACCCGAACAUCCUCCACUACAAGAACAACGAGUCCAACGGCAUCAUGAAGGAGGGGCACACGUUCACGAUCGAGCCGAUGAUCUGCGAGGGAACCGCCAAGAGCGUGAUGUGGCCAGACAAGUGGACGGCGGCGACGGCGGACGGGAGGAGAACAGCGCAGUUCGAGCACACGUUCCUCAUGACGGCCGACGGAGCCGUGCCCUUGACCGGCAAGCUCGACACGUCUCCGAGACAGUUCUGGGAGAAAUGAGCAUGGGGUGAAGGGACGACUGACUUUUGCGGCGCAACACGAGGACUUAGAGGAAAAAUCGGUAAUAUGGGUAUAAAAGGCAAUCACCGCAGGAGGGGUCGGUGGGGGACCUUAGAGAGAGAAUGGAUUGAGUUCCUACCAGGCAGAAGGGCUGUGAGCGCUGACCAAAGAACACGAAAAAAAAGAAAUGGUUCUGGCGAGACUUAUGGUGGAGGGUUGUAGCGAGUGUUUGAUGACGGAAAGAAAAAGGGCCCCGUGGCUGCGAUUAUUACGUCCGAAGGCAACGGCCAAGGGGGGGCGAGCAACAGAGAGAUCGAGAACGGUCAGAGAACGAUUUCCCUCAAGUCUUCUGUGAUACGAAUGGCGGCGACUACGUAACUUGGUGGUAUUUGACGCGGUGGGUGGGGCAAGGUUCGGGGAGGGGGGGGGCGUGGGGGUGUUCUCGUACGGCCUCUCGACUCGUUCAGUCCCGUUCUACCGACACAAUUCAGUGCUCUCUCGAACCGCCAGGUAUGGUGGCCAGGUAUGGUGGCCGUAAGAUCCACCACAGCAGCAGGCGAGCUAUCGAGAUGUACCGACAGCAGUUCUUCCAUCCACAGAGAGAGCACACACAGCAACAGUAGAGCACCAGAGAAGAACGAACGCGUUCGCGCCUCCCUUUCUUACCUUAGCAUUCACAAAAACUGCACAACCUCCUGCUGUGUGUGGUACAAGGUGUUUGCGAACUCACUGAGGGAAUUCAGUUUCUUUUUGGGAUGGGGACGGGGCGGGCUUUGCCUUGCAGUAGUGUCGAGAAUCCUGCAGGGCCCGUUAAGGUGUGUGUGGUUGGUGAUGGGGAGCUACUGGGUCUCAAUUCACCCUUGUCCCGUUUUGGUCACUGCGGGCUUGUCGAUUUCGAUCGAGUACAACUGUUGUGCAACGUGCGCCUAAACCGCUCUUUUUUGCGGUUUCCUUGGUUUUUCUGGGCGAAAAACUCAUGGGCAUGGUGGUAUCUACGAUCAAAGAAGUUGCUCA